AUGCGCAUCCCAAAGAGCUCCCGAGGAGCCGGAGACAGCGGGGUCCCUCCCAGGACGGGAUCCCACUCUGCUCAUCAAUUUUUGAACGCGUGUUCAGCAACACUUUCCACCCUGUCCUGUCAGCCAGCACCUCGCCACAAGCUGGGAACGAGCUCCGUGCGGGACUUCUCCGGCAGGAACAGCCCAGCUCUGGGAGCAAAGCUGGGAGCAAAGCUGGGAGCAAAGCCGGGAGCAAAGCUGGGAGCAAAGCCGGGAGCAAAGCUGGGAGCAAAGCUGGUUCCGAGCUGGCACCGGGCUGGCACCGAGCUGGCUCCGGGGAACCCGCGCUGCUGCCGGGCCAGGAGCGGGAGGCUGGAUCCGCUCCCGGACCGCCCCUCCACGGCCCUGGAGCGACCCACGGACAGGGACCGAGCCGGAUCUCCCCCAGGGCUGGGGGCAAAGGGCCCGAGGUGUUUCCCGGGGCGGCGGCAGGUGCCGCCCGGCCGCUGCGCCCUGUUCGACCCGGCCUUCUCGGCGCGGGAGGCGGCGGCGCUGCGAGCGCUGGGGCUGCGCCUGCUGCCGGAGAAUGAGGAGGGGAAGCACGGUGUCCAGGGCGCGGCCACGCUGUUCUACAUGGUGCACUGCGGGAAGGCCCUGUACAACAACCUGCUGUGGAGCAACUGGAGCCCCGCGGCGCUCUCCAAGCUGGUCAUCAUCGGGAACAGCUUCCGAGGAAUCGAGGAGAGAUUGCUGUCCAGAAUCUUGGAGAGAGAUUAUUCUUACAUAGCAAAGGUCUUGAAAGGAGUGGAGGAAGUGGCACUCCCCAGUCACCCCCGCUACCUGGACACUUUCAAUGACACCUCCGUGCACUGGUUUCCCCUGGAUAAACUGCAGGAGCUCUCCUCUGAGGUCUGGGAUUUUGUGGAGGAGCCGAUGUACCAAGAUUGUGAGGACCUGGAGAUCAUCAGGAAGGGGGAGGAAGCUACUGCCAAGUCCUGACCAUCCCUGUGGUGGCAGGGCUGGGAUCCAUAACUCUUCCCAUGGAAGCUUCUGGGCAGCUGAGAUGGAGCUCAAGUAGCAUCAGGCUCUGUCAAAAGUGACAGCACCUGAAUGCUGAGGUGAUGGGACAUUUUUGUAUGUUAUUUAAUAAAAAGUAAAGCUGA